AUGACCUCUCAGACCCAGUGUCGCCGAGAGGCAAGCAGCCUCUCUCAGCGACCCAACGCGAAUCACGUCUCCUUCCCGGGCGCCGUCAAGAGCGCCUUUACGAACACCCUCAAGUUCGAGACCCCCGGCGACUACCCCGCCGUCCCAACCUACCGCGUCGUCGACCAGGACGGCACCGUCGUCGACGAUGCCUUUGUGCCGGACCUGGGCGAGAAGGAGAUUGUCAAGCUCUACAAGGACAUGAUCUUUAUCUCGGUCAUGGACCUCAUCAUGUUCGACGCACAGCGCCAGGGCCGGCUGAGCUUCUACAUGGUCUCGGCGGGCGAGGAGGCGCUGAGCGUCGGUUCAGCGAGCGUCCUGGCCCCUGAAGACGUGAUUUUCUGCCAGUACCGUGAGCAAGGUGUUUUCAAGCAGCGCGGUUUCACGACAGAGGACUUUAUGAACCAGCUAUUUGCCAACUCCAAGGACCCGGGCCGGGGGAGGAACAUGCCGGUGCAUUACGGCAGCAAAAAGUUGAACAUUCACACAAUCUCAUCACCCUUGGCAACACAGCUGCCACAAGCUUCCGGGGCAGCCUACGCUCUCAAAAUUCAGCGGAUGCAAGACCAGUCUAUACCCCCGCGAGUGGUUGCUGCUUACUUUGGGGAGGGCGCCGCUAGCGAGGGCGACUUCCAUGCGGCGCUGAACAUCGCGGCCACGAGGUCGUGCCCCGUAAUCUUCAUCUGCAGAAAUAACGGCUACGCCAUCUCGACGCCAACGCUGGACCAGUACCGGGGCGACGGGAUUGCCAGCCGGGGUCUGGGUUACGGCAUCGACACCAUCCGGGUGGACGGCAACGAUAUCUGGGCCGUCCGGGAGGCGACCAAGAAGGCGCGCGAGAUGGCGUUGGAAAACGGGGGCAGGCCGGUUCUGAUUGAGGCCAUGACCUACCGGGUGAGCCACCACAGCACCUCGGACGACUCGUUUGCGUACCGAGCCAGGGUCGAGGUCGAGGACUGGAAGCGGAGAGACAACCCCAUCACGCGGCUGCGCAAGUACAUGGAGGCCAAGGGCAUGUGGGACGAGAGCAAAGAGAAGGAAUGCCGGGAGUCGACGAGACGGGAGGUGCUCAAGGCGUUCAAGGAGGCCGAGAUGGAGAAGAAGCCACCCAUCCGGGCCAUGUUUGAGGAUAUUUACGAGGAGCUGACGCCAGAUUUGAAGCAACAGAUGGGGCAGUUACGCGAGCAUCUGGACAAGUAUCCGGAGGAGUACGACUUUAACGAGUUCGAGGGGGGCAAGGACAGCUUGAAGGCGUAG